GAAGCGCUCAACCGGCUGGCGGCGAGCGUGGACUUCUGCCCCGUCCUCCAGGUCUUCUUCCCCUUCAGCAUCCAACUCUACCCCCGCGAAUUUCCCGGCCACGACCCCCGCGAUUGUCCCCGCGACGUGGGCAAGGCGGCGGCCCUGCGCCUGGGCUGCAUCAACGCCGAGUACCCCGACUCUUUCGGGCACUACCGCGAAGCUCGCUUCUCCCAGACCAAGCACCACUGGUGGUGGAAGCUGCAUUUCGUCUGGGAGCGGGUGCGGGCGCUGCGGGAGCACGCCGGGCCCGUCCUCUUCUUGGAGGAGGAUCACUACCUGGCGCCCGACUUCUACCACGUCCUCAAAAAGCUCUGGGCCCUGCGCGAGCAGGAGUGCCCCGAGUGCCAGAUCGUUUCCCUGGGCACCUACAGCCCCGUCCGCGGCGGUUUCGCCGGCCGCGCCGACAAGGUGGAGAUGAAGACGUGGAAGUCCACCGAGCACAACAUGGGCAUGGCCUUCGGCAGAGACACCUACCAGAAGCUCAUCGAGUGCACGGACGCCUUCUGCACCUACGAUGACUACAACUGGGACUGGACUCUGCAGCACUUGACUGUCUCUUGUCUUCCAAAGUUCUGGAAAGUGCUGGUUCCCGAAAUCCCCAGGAUUUUUCACACGGGGGACUGCGGCAUGCACCACAAGAAAUCCUGCAGACCGUCCACCCAGAGUGCCAAAAUCGACUCUCUCUUGAACAGCAACCAACAGUACCUGUUUCCCGAAACGAUGAGUGUCAGUAAAAGGUACUCCAUGGCACCCCUGUCCCCUCAUGUGAAAAACGGAGGGUGGGGAGACAUUAGGGACCACGAACUCUGUAAAAGUUACCGCAGACUUCAGUGAGGAUCGUUCUCGCAGCCUUUUUCUUUCUGAGUUGUUCCAUACUGUCUUUUACAGGCGCACACGUGUAUAAAAAAGCAUUUAUGAGUUGGUUUCUGCUUUAAUAUGAAUAAACAUCCUUGUAAAAGGUGUCCCAAAA